UAUAUCUCGAUGCUGUCGUCAUAUCCGAAAUUCAAAUUUUUAAAUCUGAUCAUGAAAGUUAAUGUAUUUUUAUAUUUAUUAUACGCACGUAACAAUCUUUUAAUAUCCUAUAUCAUAUAAUUUAUUUAUAAUACAGUUUUUUAUUUAUACAAUUAAUGACAACUUACGACGAUUUUGCGAAUAAUAAAUAAAAGCUAUUCUAUUGUUUUUCAAACCUCGUAAUGCAGAAGUCAUGAGUUUUCAUGCUCUAUUUCGAGCAAAAUAUUAAUUGAUCAAAAUGGUUAAGUAAUGUAACACGUUCUACUAAUUUCUAUUUCUUAAAAUGAGCCGAGGUACACAAACAAAAACAUGACGUUUGUAUAAACUAUGUAAGAAUAACAAUUCAAUUAAAAUAAAAGGCUUCUCUUAAUUAAUGAAGAAUAUAUUACAGUGUCUUAUGAAAAGUGACUCAAAUAUUUUGCAUAUUCUUUCUUAAAUGGAAAAUGAAAAAUUCUACUUUAUUAAAUUUUUUAUUUAAAUGUCGUUGAACGACCUGUAAAUUUCCUGUUCUUCUAAGAUAUCAGGAUUAAUGAAGUUAGAUGAUGUUCAUCAGAUCUCAUGACGGAUUUGAAUCAAACUUCAUCUGAGGAGGCUGUUUUAUUUGCACGUGGUUACAAAUUUCUGAAGAAGCUGGGAGAAGGUUCCUAUGCAAAAGUAUACCUGUCAGAAUACAAGUCAGAAUCAGAACCAGAUAAAAACAAAAAGCUGGCCUGUAAAGUGAUAGAUACCACUAAAGCACCAAAAGAUUUCGUGAAGAAGUUCCUGCCUCGUGAACUUGAUAUUCUAGUGAAGGUGAAUCAUCCCCAUGUAGUUCAUGUGCAUAGUAUAUUUCAGAGACGAGCUAAAUACUUCAUGUUUAUGAGGUAUGCUGAAAAUGGUGAUCUCCUCGAAUUUAUCUUGAAGAAUGGUGCAGUUCAGGAAAGCCAGGCUCGUGUGUGGCUUAGACAACUUACACUUGCUUUGCAAUAUCUACACGAGUUGGAAAUAGCACAUCGUGAUGUGAAGUGUGAAAAUGUUCUCCUCACAUCAAAUUACAAUCUUAAGCUUGCCGAUUUUGGAUUUGCCCGUUACGUAAUCGAUGAUCAAGGGAAACAGGUUCUUAGCGACACUUAUUGCGGCUCCCUGUCGUACAUAGCACCGGAAAUCCUUCGAGGCUCGCCAUACAGCCCCAAAAUGUCUGAUAUUUGGUCCCUAGGCGUUAUCUUAUACAUCUUGCUAAAUAAAGCGAUGCCGUUCGACGAUACUGAUAUCAAACGCUUGUACAUACAACAGAGAAACCGCAAGUGGAAAUUCCGUAGCAAAGUUGCACCAAUAUUAAGUGAACAGGUGAAGAAAUUAGUCUCCGCUAUUCUGGAACCUGAUCCAGGGAAACGUAUGAAACUAGAUCAGAUUAUCAACAGUGAGUGGAUCGCUAUGGAUCCUCGCCUUUUAGUGCUCACGCCUGCCGAACAAGCUGCCUUGACCAAUGCUCAAGAGGAAAGGAAGAAAAUGGAAGAAAAAUUCUCUAAAAGAGAUCCUAAACUGUUCAAAGUGGAAGAAAAGAGUAAAAUACAACCGCAGCCACCUAGUAAAGGGAAACAAGAUGUUACUGUUAUCAAGAAAGCUGCGAACGUUUGUAUUUCACCAAUCAGUUUUAAUGUUUUUGUUGUUUAUAUCUUUUUUUCGUUUGCCUUCUAGGUGGUACUAUCUUCUAUAGCAAAUGGACCUUUUUUAAGAGAUGUCUGAGAAGUGACUUUACUGCUUAUAUCAAAUACGUGAAUAUUGGUUUUGAGAACUGCUUUGUUGCAAAAAUUAAGUUAGUAAAAUUUUUAUAUGUCCACACUUUUUAAGGAAUAUUAAUUUAUUAUGCUUUAUGUAGUUCAACGACGAUAAUUGUUUACAUUAUUUUAACAAGGAAUAUAAUUUUGUAAUAAAUCAAA